AUGUCCCUGACCUCGUGGCAGCCCGACAGCGCCGUCACGGCGUGUGUCGUGUGUGACACAAACUUCACCAUCUUCAACCGCCGCCACCACUGCAGAAAAUGUGGCCGUGUGGUCUGCAACCUGUGUUCCAGCCAGAAAGUCAAGUGGUUCCCAGGGUCCAGGGUUCUUACGCCUUCGGGGCUGGUGCGGGCGGAUGGCGAUUUUUACAAAACAUGCGACGAGUGUGUUGAGGAGAUCCAGAUGAUCCGGAGGGCUUUGUUUGAGCCACCGCCAGAACAGCCACAGGAUGAGGAAACGACUACUCAGAGUGCCACAGUGCCUGUUCAGCGCCAGGAGAGCCCACCUUUGGGCGAUUUGGUUGGUCUGGAGAACAACGACGAGAACUUGUGUCCUAUUUGCGGGACCAAUCUCCUCAAGGCGUAUGUCAAGAAAACACGCCACGAGCACAGAGACACCUCCCAUUCCGAGUACGAGCAGUACAAGGAGUUCCACAUCAGCGACUGCCUCGUGCGGUUCGACUUCAGCGGCUCCCACCAGCGGCUCCUGCUGCCGCACAACGCCCUGCUGCUGAACGUCAGAAACAGGAUGUUGGUGUACCAUGUCCCGCCUCUUCCACAGCCCACCUACGAGUUUAUCGAUGAGCUGCAGAAGGAGCAGGAGCUGCAAAAAGAGCCUCCCGUGGGGCUGGUCACGCUGGAGCUCAAGGAGAAGGAGGACUUUGAAGAGGAGUGUGUCAUUUGUCUCGAAGAGCUACGGCCAGGCGAUAAAGUGGGCCGCCUUGAGUGCCUCUGUGUAUUCCACUACAAGUGCAUCAAGGACUGGUUCAACAAGAAGGGCUACGGCGAGUGCCCUGUGCAUUUCCAGCACCACUGA